GUUGCAGUUCUACCGAGGCUCAAACGACGAAUGGAUGCCCUUACAAUAUUUUGCAUUUAUUUUUGGUUUCUAUUUUUCAUAAUAUUCGGACCAAUGGUAUUUUUCAUAUGCAUCCAUUUGCCAGAGGUAUCUGUGCAAUAUAUUAAGAAAUUACGAUUUUAGUUAUAUAAGGUUUUUUAUGUUUUCUUUUAAGAAA